AAUUAUUUUGUCUUUCAUUAUAAUUUCUAAACGUACAUAUGCGUCAGAUCAUUGUACAAACCAUAACAAGCAACGUUCGAUUUUUCUUCUUAUAAAUUUGUUAAUUUUGCAGAAAUCGAUUAUUAGUGUUGUCGAAGAAUAGUACAGAACUUAUACACAUAUAUAAAUAACAUACAUGUAUUAUAAUACAACAACACUAUUUACCAAUAAGUCAGCACUGUCUGCAAAGCCACGCCGCAUCAAACAUGUCAGCGUUUUGCCUGAACUCCUUUAUCUUAAUGACCAUGAUCACAGUUAUAGUGACACACGCCACAUUCACCAGGAGCACCAAAUUUGAUGACAGAACGGGCAUUGACAUUCAUUUGGUCAAAAGGGAUACCGACGACGUCAACGAUGACGAAAAUAGUGUCGAAAGCGAUGAAGGUUUUUUUUAUAGAUUUACACAUUUUUUCCAAGAUAGCAGCGAUAAAGAAGAUGACGAUGAUGACGAAAAAAAACCGGAUUUUAUUACCACUUUCGACAUAUUUAAACUUUUGGACGAGGAAUAUGCUAUGCAACAGUUCUAUUGCGUUAUAAACGAGGACCCGUGUGAUGAAGUUGGAAUGAGGCUCAAAGCUACUAUACCCGAAGAAAUAAACAGGAACUGCGAACGCUGUACCUCAACAGAAAGAAACAAUAUUCGACGAAUUUUGAAUUACGUGAAAAAACACUAUCCACAAUUUUGGAAACGUGUCGAACCAAUUUAUAAAAAAAAAAUAUGACUGCCUAAACUACUUAUAUUAUUAAAACAAUACAUAAAUAACGCCAAGUUUUUUAUAAAUAUUUAAUAUUUAUUUUAAUAGAAACAUACAAUUAUAACUAUUUUUAUAAGCAUAUAAUUAACUUAUAUUAAAAAUUGAAAUAGCUUAAGUAAACAAAAAUACGUAGGUAAUUUGUUUUGUACUGGUUUUACUACAACGGAAAGUGCUUAGGAAAAGUUAAAAAAAGAAAUAUUUAAACGAAUUAAAGUUAA